GAAAUGAAAUCUUUAGGAUAAAUCAAUGCAAUUUAGGAGGACUCAAUGAAAGGACAUCAAUUCAAAUCCUGGAUUUUCGAAUUGAGAGAGAUAUUGAGAGAGAUCAAGAAUUCUCACUAUUUCUUAGAUUCAUGGACCAAAUUCAAUUCAGUGGGAUCUUUUAUUCACAUUUUUUUCCAUCAAGAACGUUUUAUAAAACUCUUGGACUCCCGAAUUUGGAGUAUCCUACUUUCACGCAAUUCACAUUUACAGGGUUCAACAAGCAAUCGAUAUUUCACGAUCAAGGGUGUAGUACUAUUUGUAGUAGCGGUCCUUAUAUAUCGUAUUAACAAUCGAAAGAUGGUCGAAAGAAAAAAUCUCUAUUUGACAGGGCUUCUUCCUAUACCUAUGAAUUUCAUUGGACCCAGAAAUGAUACAUUGGAAGAAUCUUUUGGGUCUUCCAAUAUCAAUAGGUUGAUUGUUUCGCUCCUGUAUCUUCCAAAAGGAAAAAAGAUCUCUGAGAGCUGUUUCCUGGAUCCGAAAGAGAGUACUUGGGUUCUCCCAAUAACUAAAAAGUGUAUCAUGCCUGAAUCUAACUGGGGUUCGUGGUGGUGGAGGAACUGGAUCGGAAAAAAGAGGGCUUCUAGUUGUAAGAUAUCUAAUGAAACCGUCGCUGGAAUUGAGAUCUCAUUCAAAGAGAAAGAUAUAAAAUAUCUGGAGUUUCUUUUUGUAUAUUAUAUGGAUGAUCCGAUCCGAAAGGACCAUGAUUGGGAAUUGUUUGAUCGUCUUUCUCCGAGGAAGAGGCGAAACAUAAUCAACUUGAAUUCGGGACAGCUAUUCGAAAUCUUAGUGAAAGACUGGAUUUGUUAUCUCAUGUUUGCUUUUCGUGAAAAAAUACCAGUUGAAGCGGAGGGUUUCUUCAAACAACAAGAAGCUGGGUCAACCAUUCAAUCAAAUGAAAUUGAGCAUGUUUCCCAUCUCUUAUUAAGAGAAACAAGUGAUGCUAUGCAAAAUUGUGCUCAAUUUCAUAUGCGGCAAUUCCUCCAAGAUCUCUUCUUUAGUUGGGGGAAAAAUCCGUACGAAUCGAAUUUUUUGAGGAAUAUAUCGAGAAAGAAUUGGUUAGACAAUGUGUGGUUGUUAAACAAGGAUCGGUUUUUUAGCAAGAUACGGAAUGUAUCGUCAAAUAUUCAAUAUGAUUCCACAAGAUCUAGUUUCGUUCAAGUAACGGAUUCUAGCCAAUUGAAAGGAUCCUCUGAUCAAUCCAGAGAUCAUUUCGAUUCCAUUAGUAAUGAGGAUUCAGAAUAUCACACAUUGAUCAAUCAAAGAGAGAUUCAACAACUAAAAGAAAGAUCGAUUCUUUGGGAUCCUUCUUUUCUUCAAACGGAACGAACAGAGAUAGAAUCAGACCGAUUUCCUAAAUGCCUUUCUGGAUAUUCCUCAAUGUCCCGGCUAUUCACGGAACGUGAGAAGCAGAUGAAUAAGCACCUGCUUCCGGAAGAAAUCGAAGAAUUUCUUGGGAAUCCUACAAGAUCCAUUCGUUCUUUUUUCUCUGACAGAUGGUCAGAACUUCAUCUGGGUUCGAAUCCUACUGAGAGGUCCACUAGAGAUCAGAAAUUGUUGAAGAAAGAACAAGAUAUCCGGGAUGUGAUAUGGUUCCGAAGGAUGAACUGGAUAUGGACAGUUCCAAUAAGAUUUCAUUCUUGA